UUUUUGGGUUGUAUCAUUCCAAAUAUCAUCAAACCCUUAAGUAAGAGCACAGAUAGGAAAGGACUGAAAAAACAGGAAUGGCUCCGAAAGCAGAUACCCAAUCCGCCGGCGCUGUCGCCGCAGCUGACGCAUCCUCUCAAUUCUCAAUGGACCCAGUAUUCCAUGUCUUGAAAGUCGUCCCCUACUCUUUCCUUCGCCCUCCGCGCCUCCGCCUCAAGAUCCCCUCCGUCUCCCUUCCUUCCGCCAUGACCGUCUUUUCUCUCGUCCUCCUCACUUACUUCAUGGUGGUCUCCGGCUUCGUCUACGACGUCAUCGUGGAGCCCCCUGGCAUUGGCUCUACCCAAGACCCUGCCACUGGCGCCGUCCGACCUGUUGUUUUCCUUCCAGGCCGAGUCAAUGGUCAGUACAUCAUAGAAGGACUCUCCUCUGGGUUUAUGUUUGUGCUUGGUGGCAUUGGGAUUGUCCUCUUGGAUCUUGCCCUUGAUAAAAACAGGGCAAGGAGUGUCAAGGUUUCCUACGCCAUUGCAGGAAUCUCCUCCGUUGUUAUUGCCUAUGUCAUGACUACGCUCUUUAUUCGCAUCAAGAUCCCUGGUUAUCUCAGGUGAAGAUAAUAAUUCCUUAGCUAUUACUUAUCUUCACUUUAGUUGAGCAAUUUUCCUUUGCUUUCUUUGGGUCUUCUUUAUUGAAGAACCUGAAUCUGGUGGUUUAAAGUUUUCAUUUGCCAUUGAUUUACGGAUUUGAGAUUUGAAGCUUGUGAUGGUAAUUCGAUUCGAUUAAUGGAUUAACAAGUUGAACAUAA